AGAGCGGCUGUUCGCUGCAGUCUGACGCGGGGAGGAGAGCCUCCGCUGCGGCCAUCUCCCUCCCCCCGCUCGGCUCUGCCCCCGCCAUGAACACCGGGCCGCUCGGGGAGAGCAGCGCGGAGCCGCGGCGUCCAGCGGCCGCGGCCCGGGAGGAGACCCCGGGAGACGAGGCGCAGGGCGGGGAGAGCAGCGCCGGGACCCGGCCGGAGGACGCCGGUUCCGGGAGCCGCCAUGAGCCUGGAGAGGAGGAGCAGGACGGCCGGUACGAGGAGGAGUUAGACCCCAGAAUCCAGAAGGAGCUGGAGCACCUGAACCAGGCCAGCGCCGAGAUCAACAAGCUGGAGCUGCAGCUGGACGACGCUCGCUCCAGCUACCGCCGGAUCCUCACGGACUCUGCCAGGAGGCUGAACGCUCAGGGCUCCCAGCUGGGCGCCUGCAUCGAGAAGGCUCGGCCGUACUACGAGGCCCGGCGGCUGGCUAAAGAGGCCCAGCAGGAGACCCAGAAGGCGGCUCUGCGUUACGAGCGCGCCGUGUCCAUGCACAACCGCCGCCAGAGAGAUGGUGUAUGUGGCGGAAGCAAGGGCCUGCUGGACUGCCAAGAACACCAUGGGACCCCACCUGGCAGGGAGUGCUCAACCAACGCCACAGCCAG